AUGGAGGAGCUUUUACGCGAGCAGGAAGGGAACGUGUCAUGGGCAAAUUUGAGCCUCAAAAACGACACUCACUUGGGAAACAUCACUGUGAACCCUCUCAAGCGCAACGAAUACGUGGCCAAAGUUGAAGUCACUGUUUUAGUCCUGAUUUUGCUGCUGGCUCUCACCGGGAACCUGUGCGUCCUGUGGGUGAUACGCACAUCCAAACACCGCCAGUCUCGGAUGUACUACUUCAUUAAGCACUUGAGCAUCGCGGACUUGGUUGUUGCCGUGUUCCAGGUCCUUCCGCAGCUCAUCUGGGACAUCACCUUCCGCUUCUAUGGCCCCGAUUUGCUGUGCCGCUUGGUCAAGUACCUCCAAGUCGUGGGAAUGUUCGCGUCCACCUACAUGCUCGUGCUGAUGUCCGUGGACAGGUGCCUGGCCAUAUGCAAGCCGCUGCGCUCCGUGCGUAAAAGAAAGGACCGGCUGUGCGUGGCUGCCUCCUGGUUACUGAGUCUGGUUUUCAGUGUUCCUCAGAUGUACAUUUUCUCUUUGCGGGACGUGGGUAAAGGCGUGUACGACUGUUGGGGAGACUUUGUGCAUGCGUGGGGGGCCAAAGCCUAUAUCACCUGGAUGACUAUCAGCAUUUACAUUCUGCCCGUGACUGUUCUGACUGUCUGCUAUGGGCUCAUCUGCUUAAAGAUCUGGCAAAAUUUUAACAUGAAAACCAAAAGGGAACACUUUUUGGCACGCGCCCCCAGAGCCCAGGCGUCUGCGCACCACCUGUCCCGUGUGAGCAGCGUCAGGCUCAUCUCCAAAGCGAAGAUCCGCACUGUAAAAAUGACGUUCGUGGUGGUGCUUGCCUACAUCGUGUGCUGGACCCCGUUCUUCUCAGUCCAGAUGUGGUCUGCCUGGGAUCCGGCUGCGCCCAGAGAAGAAAUGGCGUUCAUCAUCUCCAUGUUGUUGGCCAGUCUGAACAGCUGCUGCAACCCCUGGAUCUACAUGUUCUUCGCGGGGCACCUUUUCCACCAGGGGGCGCAGUGCCUCUUCUGCUGCUGUGCUCGUUACCGGCCUGUGACCACGUGCACGUCCACGCACGCCAUCAAGAGCGCGUGCAGCCAGCGCAGCCUGACGCCCACCUCCAGCACAAGGGGGCACACGCAGUGA